AUGGCUCCAACGGCUCCAACCGCCACGGUGAAACUCAUCGAGGGUCUAUGCGAUCAUUCCGAAGAAUUUCCGCCUGGUCUGGUCUUAAAUCUCUGCGAUAUCCUUGAACAGUUGAACGUCCGUUACUCGACCUGGUUGGCCCUAAAAACGAGCUCGAAAAUCAUGUGGCGCGGAUACAUUCUUCUCCUUCUCUCGCUCGGGAGCGCGAAUGCGUUCCAAUGGUUCGGGUCCGACGGUGCAAUAUCAUCGGAGUUGGCGGACCUGCCCCUUCCUGAGCCAACCGUUCUGGAACUAGGAGUUGGCAGCCUCGAUCGCCGGUCCCCCGACCCCGAGCCCAACCCCAACCCCGACCCCGCCGUCGUCGACGCUCCCGUCACCGCCCUGCCGACGGCCUCCCAGUAUCCGACGGAGACGACCGACUGGCUGGAGACCACCCUGGUGAACGGCCAGAAGACGUGGGUGCCCGUCGUGUUCACACAGACGUUUGCCGCCGUGCCCGACCAGUGGCCGGGACCCGCGGAAGGGGGGUCGAUUGGGAUGGGCACAUUGACGGGCCAGAUCGGGGUGGUGAGGACAAGCUUGCCGCAGCAAUCGGAUGGGGAUUCUAUUGAUAAGCAGGGGUGGCUAGUGGGGGAAGCGGGAGCCGUGGGGAUGAUGCUUGGGGGACUAUUGUUUGCUUGA